ACAGAAGUGCUCCCGGCGGUCAGAGGGAACCUCCUUUACUCUAGUUUGUGCCCACUGCCUCUUGUCACGGCUCCGGGCACCACUGAAGAGCCCUUCUGUGCACUCUCCCUUCAGGUGUUGGCAGACGUUGGUAAGGUCCCCUCUUCUCCAGGAAGAACAGCGCCAGCUCUCAGCCCUUCCUCCCAGGAGAGCUCCAAUCCCUCACCACCCUGGCAGCCCUCUGUCAGACUCCCUCCCACACGCCCGCAUCUCUCCGGUACGGCGGGACCACAACUGGACGCCGCACUCCAGGUGCGGCCUCACCAGCGCUGAGCAGACGGAAAGGAUCACGACUUUCUUUCCGCCGCGGCCACCCCCAACCACCGCAGCCCCACGGAGCCAACCGCUCCCCACCCUACCUCUCCUUGACGCCGGCGGGACCGCUACAACCCGCAAAAACUCGGACGCAGCCAAAACACUGCUCUCCCAGACAACGGCGCGUACAGGUCUUGUUUCCUGCCAGCGAUCUCUGGAUACUGUCAUUAUCCGCGUUGAUUCGUCAGUAUGUAGAAAGGAAACCAGGCUCAGCCUUCCUCCUUGGAAGUGUCCCUCACUAAGAUUGAAGAAGGAUAUCCCCUUUUUGUUGUUCCACUGAAUCCCCAUAUGUCUUUGGAAAAGUCUUUGCAGCUAAAACCUUCCUGCUGACAGCAAAGAAGCUAGAACAAUGGGAGUGACUAAUCUGUGGCAAAUCCUUGAGCCCGUGAGGCAGCCUGUAAGCUUGAGUAGUCUCAAAGGAAAAACACUUGCUGUUGAUUUAAGUCUGUGGGUUUGUGAAGCACAGACCGUUAAAAAGAUGAUUGGAGUCGUUACCAAGCCACAUCUGAGAAACCUAUUUUUUCGGUAUUCUUUUUUCACAUCAAUGGGAAUUAAACUAGUGUUUGUCAUGGAAGGCGAGGCCCCCAAGCUGAAGGCAGACACCAUGAGUAAGAGAAAUGAGAUGCGAUAUGGAGCUUCCAAGAAACAUGGGGCUGCAAGAACAGGGAGAUCUUUUUUUAAAUCCGUUUUAAAAGAGUGUCUCCAGCUGUUGGAGUGUUUAGGUGUCCCAUGGGUUCAAGCAGCUGGGGAAGCAGAAGCAAUGUGUGCUUACCUGAAUGCAAAAGGCCACGUCGAUGGGUGCAUUACCAAUGAUGGAGAUGUUUUCUUGUAUGGAGCUCAAACAGUUUAUAGGAACUUUGCCAUGAACUCUAAGGAGCCGCAUCUUGACUGUUACACGAUGUCAUCUAUUAAGGAGAAGCUUGGUUGUGACAGAGAGUCUUUGAUUGGACUAGCUGUUCUUCUGGGUUGUGAUUAUCUUCCAAAGGGCAUUCCGGGAGUUGGAAAAGAACAAGCUUUAAAAUUAAUUGAGACUUUGAGAGGUCAAAACUUACUGCAAAGGUUUGAGCAGUGGAAAGAACAAUUUGAGCAUGAUAAUAAUCCACCUUUGGUUGUGAAAAGGAUAGUUCACUGUUCCGAGUGCCAUCAUCCAGGAUCACACAAGGACCAUGAGCGCAGUGGAUGUAGAUUCUGUGAAAGCACUAGAUACUGCAAACCCAGUGACUCCAAAUACUGCUGCCCUUGUGAAUGGCAUCAGUUAGAGCAAGUGAGACAAGCAAGUGCAGUGGAGGACAAUAUCAGAAAAAAAGCUAACAGUUGUGAAGGCUUUCCAUUCUCUGAGGUUAUCCAAGAAUUUCUUGUAAACAAGAAUAAAUUGAACAAGAUAAUGGAAUGCAAAAGGCCAAAUUUAUUGUCGUUUCAGAUAUUUGCUUCUGAGAAGAUGGAGUGGGCAAAGCAUUAUGCUUGUAAGAAACUGUUAGCGCUGUUGACACGUUAUGAUAUGAUCCAGAGAAAAUCUGGAUAUAUUGAUUCAAAACAACUGCAGGCAAUACGGAUAGUCAAGACACGUGUUAAAAAUGGAGUUCCCUGUUUUGAAAUUGAGUGGCAAAAACCAGAACACUAUGUUGAUGCAGAAGAUGAGCCUGUGGAGUUGUGCGUAGUUACAGUAGAAGAGGAGUCUUUGUUUCAGGCUGCCUAUCCAGAUGUUGUUGCUCUUUACCAAAUGGAAAAGUCAGGAGCUCUGGCAAAGAAACAGAAAAACAAGAAAAACGGGCCAAAAGGAAAGGAGUUAUCAGAUGCUUAUGGUGAAGUUACCAGUCUUCUGUCUCAAAUGAAUUUGAAGUCUACAAAUGAAAUUAUUGCUGUGCAAAACCACAUGUCUGAUGUAAAAAAUCCGCUUGAAUAUCAGAUACACCAGAGAAGCACUGAAUCAAAAGAUCCCGUGGUAGCUGCACCUUCCUCUGUAGCACCUGUUGAAAUGGCAGUAUCAGCAGUUGGACUUUCUCUGACAGCAUCACCUUGCUGGCACUUACAGAGUACAUCGACUGACUCAUCUGUAGGGCCUGCACAAUUUACUAAAAACUCAGGAGUGUCAUCCUCUGUAACGGCUGAUCUACAAUUGAGCAAGAUUGAAGAAGGCUCCUUCCCUAUCAGCACUUCACCAACCCAUGCAUGUAAUAAUACCUGUGAUCCAGUGCCUGACUUGACUGCAUACAUAAAACACUCAUAUCCAGUACGUCAUGAAACAAUAAAAAACAACUCAGACUAUUCUGGUGCUGCGCAGUCAGAUCAAGAUCAUUCUGAUAGUGCAGAUGAUUUGCUUUCAGAUGGCCAUAUGGAUCAACUUCAAAAGUUGUCUUUAAGUGAGCGUAUACGUAAGAAAACUUCUGUUCCAUCAAAGCCUGUGCUGUCAGAAGAUGUAAUGCAGCAGGAACCUUUCAGAUAUUUUAAACACACAGAAGUAGCAUUGAAACUUGAUAAAGAUUAUCUCUCUUCCUCACGUCAGUUAAAUAAACUAGUGCAAGACACUAAAACUGUGCUACCAGAAAUCUGUUCAAGUGAAUCCAGUGUGCCUCUUUCUCAAGAAGCUGACACCCUGCAUGAAAUGAUGCAGAAAGACCAUAAUGUAAACUGCUCAGCAUCUCUAGCCCCCAGUAAGCAUACAACAGAGCCACUGCAUACUGUGUGUGAAGUGCUUCCACUGUGUCGAAAGCCAGCAAAUGUUGCAUCUGUCCAUAACAUUACAAAAAUUUGUACUCAGGCUGCUUGGAAAACUUCUUUUAAGAGUGUGUGUCAGAGCAAAUGCUCUUCUAGCGAGGACAGUGAUGAUGGGAACAUGAAUAAAAAUCCAACAUGUAAGCAGAAGAAAAAGCAACUGAACCCUGGCCAGUUUAAAAAAACUUUUACCAAAAAAAGAUAUAACACUGCUAAUGGCAAAAGUACAAACAGUGACUCAGCACUUGUAAUUAAAGGGAGGGAGAAAACGGCCAAUUUUAAGCAAGUUGGUAGGAAUUUGUCACUGGAAGUAUCUCCAAAAGAUUCCUCUGUAGUUGAAGUUGAUUGUUCCCAAAGUUCAGAACAACUGUUUCAGCGCACACGUUCCAGUCCUGCACAACAAGUUGAAAGUGAUGUAUUGAUUUGUGCGUGGGCAGGCAGUCCCCUUCCCCUGUCUGAAAGACUAAAAAGAAGACUCAAAAGCAAUUAGGUUGCUCAUAAAGUAAUUAUGGUAACAAUUAACUCUGAAACUUCACCUCUUAAAGAGCUCUUUUUCAAAGUUUCUCCCGUGUGCUAGGUCAAUUGAAGUGCAAACAUUCAUGAUGAAUAAGAAGUGUUGUGAAAUACUUUGUACUACUGCUAAAGUUUGAAACUAAAAUGUUGACAGAGGCGCUAAAUCAGAUGUUAUAGUCAAAUACCAAUUAUUCUGGGCUUGGUUAUGUUCUGAAUGUGUAAGCAGCAGGCUAUGGUAUACAAGAGUUGAUACUUUUUAAUUAUGAAGUCUGUUUUUUCCCUGCCAAGUUUUUUUUCCAUACACCAGUAUUAGUCCUGCUUAUACAGAUAUACAUACUAAAAACAGUGCCUGCUAUUGGGUAUGCUCAGUGAGACAAAGCAGCACAGCUCUUGACAACUGGAAAUUCCCAUUCUGCCCCACUGAUUUAAUUUUGCUUGUUUUAAAAUGGCCUUUCAAAUUGUGGGAUGCUGGAUGCGUUGAUUAUCUCUAAAGGGUCAGAUAGAGACAUGCAGCGGAUGCACCUUUGAGCACAGCUAAAUGUAUAACAUGCCGUGCCCUAUAACAAACCUCUUUCAAUAUUUGUACCUUCCAAAUGCAGUAAGCCAUAGAAGGAUAUUCUGAUUUCGUAGCUGUUACUUGCACUAUUUAAGAAAAUUUGAUGGCUGUUUUAACCACAUUUAUAAAUAAGGGCAUUUUUAAUUUAUGGAAGAUACGAAAUUCCUUCUAAUGUUCACGUGUACCAGGAUAAAGGUUAAAUACAGAAAAUCAAAAGCUGAUAACACCAUUGCAGACUCUCUGAAAAAUAUAAUGUAUUGUAAAUGUUUGAUUUUACGGCAGGAACUUAAAUGCAAUUGGAUUUUUGAAGGUGUUCUUCCUUGUUCUUUAUAAUCAAGCAAACUGAUCAUAGACAGAAACUAUUGUCUUCUGAAGCUUAUUAGAAAAUUCUUCCUUAAGCAUUCAUAACUUUUCUAUGUACCAACCAGAAUGAAGGCCCGUCUUACGCACAUGCAGUGUUUAUAUUGUGGCUUGGUUUAUAUUAUUCAUGCAUUAAUGAAGAGGUCAGUUCUUUCUUACAAAGGCCAAAACUUUAGAAGUUAGGAAGCUAAACUCUAGCUGUGUUUAAAGAAGAAAUAACUAAUGUAAUCUGUAAUUAGUGAAACUGGUAGCUUCUUAGCUUGCCUGCUGGCAGGUGGAGAAAGCUGAUUUGUAGUAAAUUUUCUAAAUGAGAAAUGAAUUACACAGAUGAGCAAAAAUUCCCAAACUAUUGGAAACGUUUUCAGUUUUGAAGAUAGUCUCUUUUUGGAGGGUCACCACCCUGAUGGUGUGAGCAUAUAGCUGAAAGAACAGAAACACUACGGAGAAUCAGAGUACCAGUCACCUGGGAAUUAGGAAUGGAGGGAUUCCAUAUGUUGUGGUCAGUGGUGGACGGAUUUUGUGUGCGUGUGUGCAGAAAAACACUCGUUUAUGCUUGAUUCUGUUUCUUCUAUGCUUUUGAUACUUGAAUGCGGAAGGUUGUAAUCAGUAGCUGGAAAUUUCAUGAAUAAAAAUACCAGCGCCGUACAACUAUUCCCUCUGUGCAUCAGAAUGUACUCUUUUAUUGGAAGGAUCAUUAAUUUUCAACCAUACCGUGUGGGUUUCUGUGCUUUAGAUGUUGGUUUAAGGCUGGAUGGUAAGUUAUGUUUUUGGAGAGGGUUUUUUUGGUUGCUUUUCAGAUCUCUCUGAAAUGUCUGCCUUACUGAAGGAUUUUCCAAAAAUAUUGUGCUGUCAUUACGAUGAAUUCAUGUUUUAUGGAUUAUGAAAAUCAGAAAUGAGAUGCAUUCAUGAGAUAGGAAGAACUUUAGUGGAAAAAAAUGAGGAGCAGCAGUAGAUUUGAAAAUAACUGUAUAGGAUACUGUCUGUCACUUACACUGUCUCUGCUCAUUGCAGCAAAUCUACAUGGGAACAUUCAUCCUUGGGGGUAUCGUCAGAUUUCUGAUGCGCUACAGAGGGGAAAUCACAGUUUAAAUGCAUUUGGAGUUCUCACCUUGCUGUAAUUUACUGAGUGUAAGGAUUAGGGCCAGUUUCUCUUCUUUAGAGCUGUUCUUACUGUCAGAGCUGCCUGCUUUGCAAACUCAUAUUUGUGAAGAAAACGUUUCAAUAUACUGAAUGGGUGCAGAUAACAUCUGCAGAAAAUAUUCCUAAAAGAUUAUACUAAACUGAUUGUAAGUAGAAGUGAAUGUAAUGCAACUGCCUGCUGCCCCUGAAUGUAUUUUCAUUUAUCAAUCCUGGUCAGCUAAAGCAAUCUGUAUCAGGAUGCUUUGUACAAAGCAGUGAAAUUCUGUCUGCUGCGAAGAUGGAGCAGAUAAGAUGCAUCAUUCUUCAAGUACUUUUCUGGCAGUUUUUCUAUGAAAGCACUCUAGCAGCACACUGGUGUAUCGCUUCUGAUGUCAGUGUCGUUCUAGCUCAGGUGAUACCUGGAGCAAUACAGACCAGAAAUUUAGGUUCUCUUAGCAGUAUGAAUACCAUCAUUUCCACUUUAACAAGCAAUAUUGAACAUCUGCUAUAACAUAACAAAUUUAUACAGCAUGUGUUAACAAUGGGAAGUAUUUGGUGUUCCUUACGUGAUUGUGAUUCUCCCUAUUUCAGUUCCACGGGGAAAUCAACCAGAAAGUCACUGAAGUACUAACAUGGGGAAUAUAUAUGUAGAUUAAAAAAAUAUAGUGGAAAGUGAUCCAAAAAAAUCCUUAUUUCCUGUGUAUCCCACUAUUGCUGCAAUUGUUUUUACAUUUUUUCCAUUGGGAGAUAUUACUGACAUACUCAGGUAUGUUCACAGGUGUUGCUCACAAGAAAGUUGUUCAAAAUCAUUGUGUUUAUCUUAGCAACAGAAAUGAUAAAUGGGGUUUAUGUGUGUGUGUAUAUAUAGUUGACAGAAACAUUUCCUGAUUUGAGAAUGAGAUAUCUAAGCUGAAUUUUGAGGAUUAGCACGGGCUUGGCUGUAUGCUAUUAUGUUAACAAAGAAACUUCGAAGAUGUGGUGAAAGAGACUAAUGGCAGCUGCUACUUGAGAUAAGAUGAAGUCUUUUCAUGUCUAAAAAGGUGUCAAACUCUGCCGUGUUGUAUCGGUAGAUAAAAGGGAAACUGCAGUUAGAAUAUUAUUGGGAGUUGUUGCAAACCUAAGUGCUGCUGGCGAAACAGUAAACUCAGCGCUAGAUUUAGCGCUUUUCCCUGCAGGAAAAAAAACAACUGUUUCAAGAAAAACAAAAUGAUGACAGGUGACAGAACCACUCUUGCACAGUUCUCUUCCUCCUAUCCAUCACUGUAGCUACUGCCAGUACCGAGCUGAAUUUAAGACUAAUAAAACAACAAAGCUUUAAAAGUU